ACAAUCACUGUCAAUAUUAUACUUUGCAUCUUUCCACUGUACUACUUUCCACUGCAAGCCAUCAAAUGAUUUGGGAGUCCAGAUGAGGAGCACCUAAUAACAGUUGCAAUUCAGCACACUUUAAAAAUGUAUGACGUUUAAGAAAUAUUGUAUAUUGUAGACAUUAUUUUUAAUCUAAGUAAUGUUAUACUCUAAAUCACUAUUAUGACUAUUAUUUUAUCAUGUUUUCCUAUUCAUAGCAAGAGAUAGGGUUUACCUGUAUAUUAUCACUAUAUGAAAUGUGUAUUACAGUAUAUAUACACGUGCCUCCCUUUGCAUACUUACAGCAGUAGUGAUACCUCUACAUACGAAAUUAAUUGGUUCUGAAAGUAGUUUCAUAAACUGAAAAUUCCAUAAGUAGUCGUGUUUCCCAUGUACAACCCCUAGCAAAAAAUAUGGAAUCACCAGUCUCGGACGAGCACUCAGACAUUUUAUCAUGUAGAACAAACUCUGAUAAAAAGCUUGAAAAAAAUAAAGAAUUAGUUCAAAAGUGCAACUUUUUAGCAUUCAGAAACCCUUAAAGAAAUUAAUAAAACAUUGUGGUGGUCAGUAAAUGUUACUUUUAUAGAGCAAGUUCAGGGAACUAUACUAGUAUAUGGAAUCACUCCAUUCUGAGGGAAAAAAUAUGGAAUCAUGAGAAACGAACAAAGAAAUAACAAAAUGCAUCUCUAGUAUUUAGUAGCACCACCUCUGGCUUUUAUGACCGCUUGCAGUCUCUGAGGCAUGGACUUAAUGAGUAUUCUUCAUCAAUUUGGUGCCAACUCUCUUUGAUUGCAGUUGCCAGAUAAUCCUUGCAGGUCGGAGCCUUGCUGUGGACCAUUUUUUUCCCUCCAAUUUCCACCACAGGUUUUCAAUAGGGCUGAGAUCUGGGCUAUUUGCAGGCCAUGACAUUGACUGGAUGAGUCUUUCUCCAAGGAAUGCUUUAACAGUUUUAGCUCUGGCGUGAUGCAUUGUCAUCUUGGAAAAUGACAUAUUUUCAAUUGAAGGGAUAAGAAACCUGUCUAAAAUUUCAAUCUAUACGUGUGCAUUUCAAGAGUCAAGAAUCUGCAUUGGACAAGGUGAUGAUGCUGGAACUUUGGUUUGGUGCUGUUCCAGUGAGAUUUACAAAGAUGACUGCCUGAAGAAAACAUCAAAAUUCCCUCAGUCCUUGAUGAUAUGGGGCUGCAUGUCAGGCAAAGGCACUGGGGAGAUGGCUGUGGUUAAAUCUUCAAUAAAUGCACAAGUUCACAAUUGAAAUUUUAGACUGCUUUCUUAUCCCUUCAAUGGAAAAUAUGUUUGCCAUUUUCCAAGGUGAAAAUACAUAAUGCCACAGAGCUAAAACUGAAAGGACGGUAAAUAACCUCAUGUAAAGCUGUCGGAACAUGAGGGGUGAAUCAAGAAGAUGCUGGAUACACACAUACAGUACAUUAGAGGUCCCUUUUAACCAACUGAAUGCCAGGAAGAUGCUAGGCAAUAGCCAAUGGCAAAGCAGCUAUAAUUGUUACAUUUAGUAACUUGUAGGAGCUGCCCUUGUAUUUUAACCUUUUGUAUCCUGAAAUUUCCUUCAUAACAAGAGGCAACAUUUUCCAGUUGAGGCGUGGCGUUACCUGAAAUAUCUGUACGUAGAGAUGGUCGUAAGUAGAGGUACUGCUGUUCAUGCAUUAAUAUGGCAAAGCAGCUAUAAUUGUUACAUUUAGUAAAUUGUAGGAGCUGCCCUUGUAUUUUAACCUUUUGUAUCCUGAAAUUUCCUUCAUAACAAGAGGCAACAUUUUCCAGUUGAGGCGUGGCGUUACCUGAAAUAUCUGUACGUAGAGAUGGUCGUAAGUAGAGGUACUGCUGUUCAUGCAUUAAUAUGGCAAAGCAGCUAUAAUUGUUACAUUUAGUAAAUUGUAGGAGCUGCCCUUGUAUUUUAACCUUUUGUAUCCUGAAAUUUCCUUCAUAACAAGAGGCAACAUUUUCCAGUUGAGGCGUGGCGUUACCUGAAAUAUCUGUACGUAGAGAUGGUCGUAAGUAGAGGUACUGCUGUUCAUGCAUUAAUAUGGGAAAAUGACAAGUUUGUUUCUCAAACGGGCUCCAUAAUUGAUCAUUGCCACUCCUAAUUUAGAUGGUCAAAAUAUGAUAUUCUACUCUUUACAGCAACUCGACGUCAAUGUCGACCGAGGGUGAAUUUCAAAGUAAAAUAUCUCUUUUGCAAAAAUUCUUCGGAAAGUGGAUGUCUAAUCUCCCUUUGGUGGCACCCACGGGGUUGUUUUUUUUUAGUUUGGUUUAAAUCAAAUGUAACUGCUAAAUCAAAACAACAAAGCAUUUUAUUUUGUUUUAUUUCUGACUUCCUGAGUGACAUCUCAUCUACCGGAAGUGUAGGGAUUGCAUGAUAACGGGACUACUCGAUACAAUAAUAUUUUUUUUACAUAAGCAUGUUAUUUUAAAGUUUGAUUGUGAAAGGACUUCGCCAAUGGCGUUGUUGAAUCUUUAUUUUACAGACGAUCGGUGAACGCCACAGUGACGCCCUGCUACAGUCUGAUUGGAUUGGCUGCUGUAUCGCGCCUCUGCAACAUGAUUGGCUGCUGCAUCAGCAUCCCCAUAACAUGAUUGGCUGGUGAAUCAGCACCUCUGCAAACUGAUUGGCUACCACGCAUAUGUAAAACACGGCCCACUGAAUGCAGGCGGGAAAGGUUGUAUUUUCGUCAACGAGACAGAAUUAUAAUGAACCCAGCUGAAUAACACCCUAAAUAUAAUUUCUUUACAUAUUCCGAAUGGUCAUUUAAUCUUCCUAGUUUCGGGCGAAUUUUGCCGUGAUUGUAGCUGGAAGCGUCCUCCCGAGCCUACAACUUCAGUGGGAUUUCCAAUCACGCUUCGCAGCGCGAUACCGGAGUCCUGUCACAAGAAAAGAUGGAGCUAGACCUGGACAGCCCAUCUUCCCUAGUUCAAAGCGAGGGGCAGCUGAGAAGAUCCAACAGUGCACCCAUGAUCAAUGGCCUAAGCGAUAACUCCCAAGUAUUCCAGAGAGACGUCUUGCGAAGCCGCAGAAAUAGCACGACCUUUGUCAACAGGCCCAAUAUGAUUCCAUCGUCACCCAUCCGUGUUCCCAGCACCAGGCUUCAUCAGAUCAAACAAGAAGAGGGUGUGGAUGUGAUGAACAGAGAAACUGCACAUGAGCGGGAAGUUCAAGCUGCUAUGCAAAUAAGCCAGUCAUGGGAGGAAAGUCUUAGUCUGAGUGACAACGAUUUGGAAAAGUCUGCGUCAUCUUCUCCGAAGCGCAUCGACUUUGUGCCCGUCUCGCCAGCACCGUCCCCUACCAGAGGGAUAGGGAAAAAGCAGUGCUUCUCCCCUUCUCUUCAAAUCCUGGUGAGCAGCAACGGCCUCACUCCCAGUCCCAUACCAAGUCCAACGCGGCGCUUUGGUCGCCGUAGCCAGAGCCCUAUCAACUGCAUCAGAGCCAGCAUACUUGGGCCUAUUAAACGCAAAGGUGAGAUGGAGACAGAGAGUCAGCCUAAAAGGCUUUUUCAAGGCACCACUAAUAUGCUGUCCUCUGACGUCUCCAACUUUUCGGAUCUUGGCUCCUGCCACUCUCCGGACGGAUUGCUGGACGGCAGCCUGAGCAGCGUCUGCUCGUCCACCGACUCCCCGGGCAAAAUGGAAGGAGCGUCCCCGUCGUCUUCCGGCAACUCUCCGUUCGCUUCCCUCCAAGAUUUGUCUCCCAAGUGAGGGCGAAAUCCCCAAAACGAGCGUCGCCGGUUAGGGAAGACGUUUCCUGGCGGACAGCCCGCCUCAGCCACGCUUUGAGGAAUGUGCGCUUUCUAUUGUUGCUGCUGGUUAUCCAGAUAUGUCUUAAAAACGCCACGCAUGGUGUGCAGUGGUAAACCUAGUGACAGACUGAGUGAAAGGAAAGUCUGAGGAUGCUGAGCACAAGCUGCUAGUCUUUGGACGGACGGGGCUCGGCUUUACUGGCGCAGUGAUAGUUUUACACUCAUUCAUUCAGUUCUGCUCGAUAGAGAUGAGAAAAACCUAUUUGGAUUUGUAAUUGCCCUAAUUUGCGCUGUACCCCGUUUUGUCCAACAGGCCUUGGUAUGUACAGACUUUUGUAAGAAGACAUGUAACUUAUUGUCUUGCUGCAUUGUUUGUUCCCUGUUCAUCUUCCGAAUUGCUGGAAGUUGGCGUGACACCAUGCAUUGGCAACAAAGGAAUAGGUGAAAACUACUGUUGUAUGUAGAGACAACUGUUCCCUCAGUUAAAAGGUGUAAACUGUGGUGUGUUUUGUGUUUUUAAAUGGCCUGAUGAAGGCCACAUAAUGUUACCAGGAGGCGCAAUGAGAAACCUUGCAGUCAAUUGCAGAUGACGCAAGGUGGUCUCGGAAGUGUUUAACACUAAAGGCCCCUCACUGUGGUUGUAUAGUUGAGCUUUUUUCUUAUGAAAAAAAAUCUUAUUUAUGCUAAAAAAAAAAAGUGAUAUAUCUAUAUUAAAUAGGUGAUAGUGUUCUAUCCCCAGUCAAUGUGUCAUUUUAAUGGAGUGCAGUUAACACGCAAGUGACACAGAUGCUUUAUUUUCGAAAGGCUGCUGUUCCUGCUGUGGUUUAUGUUGCACAGGGUACCCGUUGUUUUGUUUUCAGCCUGUGUUCAUGUCUUACGCGAGGGUGACCUCCAAUGAGUGGAAAUGUAUAACAGUAUGUCAAGGUUAAGCCUCUGUGACUUUUGCACCUAGAUUUUGGAUCAACAGUCCCUCCUCUGCCCCUUUUUAUGUACAAACAAGGAUGUGAUUGUAAUAAUUUUAAAGGAGUUUUGCUCUUUUUACUAUGAAGUAAGGUUUGUUUGCAGUUCUACAAUGGAAUGUCAUUUGACUUUAAAUUAGAACAUGGAAAAGGAAAACAGUUUGGCUGGCUGUCAGUGCGUGAGGUUUCCCUUCGGAUGCCAUCAUACUCAUGCCCGAUGUCAAAUCGGCUUUUGCUUUUUGUCUGCGUUCAUAUCAAAGAUGAAAUAAAUUAUUUCUUUACGUGUUAUGUUUGUGUCCUAGUUGGUGUCAUACUUACUGCAGUCAAUGUGCUGUUUUCGUAUACCGAAAUUUUCGGACUACAGUCCCUUGACAAUUGCUGAUAACCUGACUUUUAAUUGUUCAAUUGGUUUCAGAAAUGGCUCAUAUGAAAGCUAAUACCCUCCCAAAUGAUGUUGAAUGUACAAAAAUUAGGGCUGUCAAAAUUAUCGCGUUAACGGGCGUUAAUUUUUUAAAUUAAUCACGUUAAAAUAUUUGACACAUUUAACGCACAUGCCCCACUCAGAUUAAAAUGACAGCAGUG